GUGAACAAUGUCUUUGACUAAAUAAUAUAUAGUAUCAAAAGGACGACAUCAUUUAUUUGUCACAGUAUAUGUCACAAUGAGGAAUGAAGUACAAACAAACAAACAAACAAUCAAUCAAUCAAAAAACGUAAGGCGGCGAUUACCGAAAGAGGCAUUACCCCACAUUCACAAGCUUAAUCCUGAAGCCUUGUAACCAAAAACCAUCUUUCCCCUCCAUCCGAAUGCAUUGCUGCUCUUGGGAACGAACUUGCAUGCCGAGUGGCUCCUCAUUGCCGCGACCAAGCAAAGCUGCUAAUAUAGUCAUAUUUUCCUCUUAUUUCCCUCUACAUCUUGGAUUCUUUGACUUCUUCAACUUCUUUUCACAUCAACUACAUCUUUUCAAUUCUUUUCCGUUGAAUAUCUACAAAUCUACAACAUCAAUUCUUACGUCUUUCAAUAUACCCAUCAAAUACCUUACAAGAUGUCUCUAAUCGAUGCUCAAUUGCAGGGCGUGAACAUCUCUGGAACUAUUACUGAUUUCAAUAAGAAGAUCCUCAGUAAAGAUGCCGUUGCAUUCCUCGCCCUCCUCCACAGAUCCUUCGAUGGUACCAGGAAAGAACUUCUUCAACACCGUGUAAUCAGACAAGCAGAACUUGAUAAAGGUUCUCUACCAGAUUUCCUUCCGGAAACAAAACAUAUCCGUGAAAAUGAUGCUUGGCGAGGAGCACCACCUGCACCAGGGUUGAUCGAUCGUAGGGUGGAAAUCACUGGUCCAACUGACAGGAAGAUGAUUGUCAAUGCUUUGAAUUCAGAUGUUUGGACAUACAUGGCAGAUCUCGAGGGUACGAUUCAUCUAUUCCAAUUUAUUUCCUGAUAUCCAAGUGCUAACUUUUUCAAUAGAUUCCAGUGCUCCAACAUGGGAUAAUAUGAUCAAUGGACAAGUCAAUCUUUACGACGCAGUUAGAAAACAAGUCGAUUUCAAAAUAGGAGAAAAGGAAUACAAACUUCGAACCGAUCGUACACUUCCCACACUCAUCGUAAGACCUAGAGGCUGGCAUCUUGAUGAGAAACAUUUCACAGUAGACGGAGAACCAAUCUCUGGCAGUCUCUUCGAUUUCGGCUUAUACUUUUUCCACAAUGCUAAGGAAUUGAUCAGCAGUGGACUUGGACCAUAUUUCUACCUCCCAAAAUUGGAAUCUCAUCUCGAAGCUCGUUUAUGGAAUGAUGUUUUCAACCUCUCUCAAGAUUUCAUCGCCAUCCCAAGAGGAACUAUUCGAGGAACAGUUUUGAUCGAGACGAUCCUUGCUGCAUUUGAGAUGGAUGAGAUUAUUUAUGAACUUCGUGAUCACAGCGCUGGUCUCAACUGUGGAAGAUGGGAUUAUAUCUUCAGCGUCAUUAAGAAAUUCCGCAACAACCCAAAUUUCGUUCUUCCUGAUCGAUCGGCUGUAACUAUGACCGUUCCAUUUAUGGAUGCAUAUGUUAAGUUAUUGAUCCAAACAUGCCAUCGAAGACAAGUACAUGCUAUGGGUGGAAUGGCCGCUCAAAUCCCUAUCAAGAAUGAUAAAGCUGCUAAUGACAAGGCAAUGGAAGGUGUAUAUGCGGAUAAAAUCCGUGAGGCCAAAGCUGGUCAUGAUGGUACAUGGGUAGCUCAUCCAGCACUUGCAGGUAUCGCUUCCGAAGUAUUCAACAAACACAUGCCUACGCCAAAUCAAAUGUUCGUUCGUCGCUUAGAUGUAAAGAUCGGACAAAACGAUCUUUUAAAUAUGAAUGUACCUGGCGCUGUCACCGAAGAAGGUAUUCGCAAGAACCUGAACAUUGGAUUAGGAUAUAUGGAAGGAUGGCUCCGAGGUGUAGGAUGUAUACCUAUUAAUUAUUUGAUGGAAGAUGCUGCCACAGCAGAAGUUAGCCGAUCUCAAUUAUGGCAAUGGGUUAAACAUGGUGUUAGUACGGCAGAAGGAAAGAAAGUGGACAAGGCUUAUGCGUUGAAAUUGCUUAAGGAACAAGCAGAUGAGUUGGCGAGUCAAGGACCUAAAGGAAAUAAGUAUCAAUUGGCGGCGCAGUAUUUCGCAGGCCAGGUUACUGGAGAGGAUUAUGCGGAUUUCUUGACUACGUAAGUACAAACCUUUAUUUGAUGUUUUCCGGUAGUUUUCAUUUGAAAACAAAUUACUAACAUAAAUGAUUAGGCUUCUUUAUAAUGAAAUUACCGCGGUGGGACAUUCAUCGCCUGCUUCUAAAUUGUAGUUUUGGUCAUGGGGGAUCUAGUAGUUUAUAGGCGUUGGGGUUUGAUAAUAUCAAAUUGUAAAAUGAAUUACGCAAAAUAUUAAGAAAAAUUGAAUUAUAUGAGAUAUUUAUUAUAGUAUUUUCGUGAGUGAGUUGUUUACCUUUUGCUCCUACUCCUACCACAGAUAAACAAACCGAUUGUGGUAUGCACUUUGAUGCACUUUUGAUGCAGUGAGAUGCAGUGUAUGCAUGCACAGAAGGUUAGCGAAACGUGAAGGUGGACAUGAGAUGUUACCUAGUCAAACGGCCCGAUGUAGGAGAGCAGUGGGGAGGGAGGUAGGUGAUGAGGUGAGGUGUGGAUGGUGGAGGGGUGGGGAGGGGAUUGAAGGGGAAGGAUCGGUGGGAAAUGAAAAGGAAAUUCAAAAUGAUAAAAUAAAGAGAGGAAAAAAAAAUAAAAUAUCAAUGAGGAGGGUAGAGGAGAGGUAGAGGGU